CGCAGGUCCCCGCCGCGUCGGGGAGGAUGUACCCGAGCCUGGCGCUGGCCCCGAGCCCCGGCCAGGCCGCCUACACCGACUCGGGCGCCUUCCUGCCCGCGCCGGCCGCCGGCUCCCCGGUGUUCGUGCCGCCCGCGCGCGUCCCCCCCAUGCUGCCCUACCUGCCGCCGUGCGAGCCGGGCCCGCAGGCCCCGGGGCGAGGUGCGCACCCCGGCUGGGCGCAGGCGGCCGACUCGGCCCCCUUCGGGCCCGGCAGCCCGCCCCCGCCGGCCGCCCCGCCGCCCGCAGCCACCGCCUUCCCCUUCCCGCACAGCCCCUCGGGGCCCGGCGGCGGCGCGGGGGCCCGGGACGGGGGCGCCUACCAGGGCGCGCUGCUGGCCCGCGAGCAGUACCCGGCCCCGCUCGGGCGGCCCGUGGGCGCGUCCUACCCCGCCGCCUACCCGGCCUACGUGAGCCCCGAGGGGGCCCCGGCCUGGACCUCGGGACCCUUCGAAGGCAGCGUCCUGCACGGCCUGCAGAGCCGCCCGGCGGGCCUCCCCGGCCGCCGAGCCACCUUCGUGUCGGACUUUCUGGAAGAGCUCCCCGGCGAGGGUCGCGAGUGUGUCAACUGCGGGGCGCUGUCCACACCGCUGUGGCGUCGCGACGGCACCGGCCACUACCUGUGCAACGCCUGCGGCCUCUACCACAAGAUGAACGGCGUCAACCGGCCGCUCGUGCGCCCGCAGAAGCGCCUGUCCUCGUCCCGCCGAGCCGGCCUCUGUUGCACCAACUGCCACACGACCACCACCACGCUGUGGCGGCGCAACGCGGACGGGGAGCCGGUGUGCAAUGCCUGUGGCCUCUACAUGAAGCUGCACGGGGUGCCGCGGCCCCUGGCGAUGAAGAAGGAAAGUAUCCAGACGCGGAAACGGAAACCCAAGAGCGUUGUGAAGACCAAGAGCAACUCAGGAGGCCUGGGGAACGGCACAGCCUCGCCGCCCUCUGUCCCGGACCCUGAGAGCCCAGCGGCUACCUUGAAACCCAAACCCAGCCUGGCAUCCCCUUCGUGCCCCGGGUCCAGCAUCACCUCCCAGGCCCCUGGUCCCGUGGACGACCCCCUGGCCCCCAGCCACUUGGAGUUCAAGUUCGAGCCCGAGGACUUUGCUUUCCCCUCCGCAGCCCUGGGGCCCCAGGCUGGCCUGGGUGGGACCCUGCGCCAGGAAGCCUGGUGUGCGCUGGCCUUGGCCUAGGUCCUCGGGCACCUGCGGCCCCUUGGGCUGCCUGUGCAGCCCCCGCGCAGCAGAGAGAGGCCACCAGGCCUGCAGAGACGGGCCAGCGGGACCGGGGGCACCGGGUCCCUGUGUACAGACAGCCGUCAGGCCCCAGAGCGGGAGGAAGGCUGAGGGGAAGCGCCUGGGCCCCCACCGUGGACAGCAGGGGACGCCCCAGCGGCGCUGCCAGGCUCUGACCGGGCCACUCCGGCCAGGGCUGACCCGGGGCCCCCGCCGCCACCUCGAGCUCUCUGGUCAACAUUUGCCAUCACCGUGUCUACAAGUUGCUGCAGUUGGAACAGCCCCAGCCCCCCGGAGCACGACCUGGGAUGGCCGAGGCCAGGCAGGCAGCGUGAAUGAGGGGACCUCCUCAAGCCUCACUCAGGAUCCGUCCCUCUCUCACGUUCGAUGGAUGCAGCCACGCGCCGAGAAUGCCCCCGCCCGUGCGUGAAGGACUGCUUGGGACAGAUGUGCAGGUCGUGCGCCGUAGCAGGACUCCACCCCAGGGACAAGCCGUUCACACCGUAGUCAUCCUCUACCUGCAUGUUUAUUUGGGUGGUUUUCCCGGAGGGGGCACUAGGGGGGCCUCAUGCUGACCGAAGCUGCAUAUUGUGACCGUUUCUGACAGGCAGGGUAAAGGACCUGGGGCCCCGUGCUGACCCCACAGGCACUGUCGGGGCCGGCAGUGGGGUGACCCCACGUCCUGGCUCACCUGGGAUCACCCCAGCUUAGUUCGUUGUCCCAGCGGAAUUGUUACUAACCCCCGUCUACCUGCGGAAGCCCCCCCACCCCCGGUUGGUGCUCUGGAGGGUGACAGCUCCGCCCCGGGGAGCCCGAUGACCUGGCCGGGAGUAGCUGGGCAGUGGGAGGGGACUCGGCCGCGUCCUGGCUUCUGAUGUAAAGCCCGGGAGCCGCAGCUGGGACGGCUGUGCCCCUGCCCUGCGUGGGGCCCCCCCUGCCUGGAGCGCGUUCCCCGGACGAGUCCGUCCGCCCUGAGGUGGCACCUCCCGUUCAAGCAGCACAAUUUCCGAGUGAUCUUGUCUUGUUUUUUUCAAAGACAAACGAUGCCUUAAGAAAACAAAUGUAAAAUAAAGACUUUGACCUUGCA